CUAGGGGUGGGGUCCAAACUGGGUCCCCGAACUGGGGCUGGACAGCGAUGGAGAAGAGCCCCACCUAGGUAACCAUUCUGCCCCGCCGAUCGCCCUGUGUUGCCGGUGACGCAGAUCAGAGGUGCUCAGUCCUCCGAGCCACACUACUCUGUUGCCUACAGGAAUCAGUGACCCUCAGCCCCGUCUCUCACUAUCAUGGGCUCCACAUAAGCUUCUUUCUACCGAGACUCAGUUUUCCUCGUCUGCAAAACAGGAAAAAGUUGGAUUUGCAAGGCGCUAAGGUUCCAGAACUAUAAUGGAAUGCAUGGUAGGGAAAGGAGGGAAAGCCACAUUUGACCUCCCCUGGCUGGGCCCCGCCUACCACUGGUCAAGGGGGAGGAAACUCCUGGCCCAGACCCGCCGCAGGAGGCGUGUCCUAGGAAACUGGAUCCUGCUGCCCUUGGCCCGAGCUGAGGCGCGCCGCUCAGCCUGGAGACGUGGGAUCGACCAAGGAUGGGGUUUGCGUCCUGGGCUUCUCAGGGAGCCACCGUGAAGGAAAAAGUCGUGCAGAGACACUGCGAGUGACCUGGAGCGCGUCGGGGAAAAUGGAGGAGAGGAUGGGAGGCAGCUAACCCGACUCCCUCUGCACGCGGGGACGUCGAAGGCGCACGUCGAGGGUCCCCCAGAGAGCUCCGUUUAGAGCGGUGGAAAGGCAAUGAGGAGUGUUCGGGUCGCCCAGCCCAAGACUGGCAUCGGGGCUGGAGGCGACCUGCGACGCUGAAGGGUGCGAGUGGGGCACCGCCGCCGAAGGGCAGCGCCAUGGCCAGGGAGGAGUGCAAGGCGCUGCUGGACGCGCUCAAUAAGACCACGGCGUGCUACCAUCACUUGGUGCUGACUGUGGGAGGCUCCGCGGAUACGCAGGACCUACGCGAGGAGCUGCAGAAGACCCGCCAGAAGGCGCGCGAGCUGGCCGUAGCCACCGGCGCCCGGUUGACCAUCGCAUUGCGCGACCGGGGCUUGGCGACCGAGGAGCGCGCGGAGUUCGAGCGGCUCUGGGUGGCCUUUUCGGGCUGCCUGGACCUGCUCGAGGCUGACAUGCAGCGCUCACUGGCGCUGGGAGCUGCCUUCCCGCUGCACGCGCCGCGCCGGCCACUCGUGCGUACAGGAGUGGCCGGCGGCUCCUCUGCUGUGGCCGCGCGCGCCCUGAGCGCUCGCAGUUUGCGACACGAGGCCGAAGGCGACUUCGACGUCGCCGAUCUGCCCGAGUUGGAACGCGAAGUCCUCCAAGUGGGCGAGAUGAUCGACGACAUGGAAAUGAAAGUCAACGUACCCCGCUGGACUGUGCAGGCGCGGCAGGCGGCGGGCGCCGAACUCCUGUCCGGUGCCAGUGCCGGUGCGUCCUCGGCCGGUGGCAUUUCGGUAGAGGAGCGCGCGGGACCCUGCGACCCCAGCAAGGCCCUAGCUGCCACUAUUUUCAGUGCCGUGCUGCUGGUGGCUGUGGCACUCGCCUUAUGUGUGGCAAAGCUGAGCUGACUGAUACCCAACGACCACCCACUGCCCCUUCUCCUUCCAGGGUAUGGGUGUGGGGGGCUGGCCUGUUAAAGAGAGGUAGUGAACCCGGGUGUGUGCGCGCGCGCGCGCGUAUGAACACGAUCCUUUCAAGGCACACUUCUGCCUGGGCAAGACAUGUUUUGUUUUUUAACUUGCUGGCUCAAGAGGAGUUAACUGCACAGGGCAGUCAGGGCAUUACCUCUAAUGUCUGCAGGAGCUUUAUCUCCUAUUAAUAGAAAUCGGUCCAGAGUGACCCCAGAUCCCUUUGAGUUUGAUGGGUUAACACGUGUGCGCCAAGUUUGGUAACCUCGCCCUAGUCGGUAGCUCCCACUUUGCAUGAGGGCAAUUUGGGAAAGGUGUAGAGUUGCAUCAAGCAUAGUGAGGGCGCCGUUUUGUUCCCUAGUCAAAAAACGAGUUGCAGUAAGAUGUGAGUGGGUUUAUUACCUUAAACCUUUGGGGCCUAAGCUUUGGGAGAGUUUGCUGAUAGAGGUUCAUGCAAAGUGCUUUCUCUAGGGACACUACUGCACUUCUUGGCGGACAUUGUCCGUUAGUCACCUGGAGCAGCAGCUCCCAGAGGUUUGGUGUUGUGACCCCAUUUAGGAAACCCAAGGAGGUUGUUUCAACUCGAUGUGGUAGAUAGAGUUGGACCCACUGCACACUUGCCUCAAGAAAAGACCCUACCCAUCCCUGGAUGGGGGGGGAUGAACAGUAAAUGCCACUUCGGGAGGGGCCACACUGCUAUGUAAACAGGCACGUUCUCCUCCCCAGAGGCUUAUUUUAUCCCAGAAUUAGACCACAGUGUUUGACCCUCCUUUGAGGGAGGGCUGGGGGAAUCCUCUUUGAAACCCUUAAUCCUAUCUAUCCCUGGACUUUACUUGCCAGCCAAUAGGAGCACAAGCUUUCUAGAGAGCUGCCCAACUGUCUGACCCCAUGCUGCAGGAAAGGGCAACACUGGCAUCACUAGCACAUAGAGGCUGGGAGCCCGGCAGCUGAGACUGAGUUCAAAAUGUAACAGUUUUGAGUUGGAAUUUAAGGAGCUUUAAACACACACACCAACACACACAUCUGAAAGAAUGACAUUAGCAUAUUAGUACCAAAGCUGGGUUUUGUUUGUUUGUUUAUAGUAUAAAAGAAACUGGGCCACAAGCUCAUAUAUGCCAAAUGAGUCGAGCUUAGAGAUCUUUGACAUGUACCUGAGGCUACUAAAUAUGAUCUGCAUCUAUUUUUUAAAAUCUAUAUUUUUGGGACCAGAGAGAUGGCUUAAUAGAAGUUUAUAUUGUAGCCGGGCAUAGUGGUGCAUGCCUUUAAUCCCAGCACUCAGAAGACAGAGGCAGGCAGACUGCUGUGAGUUCAAGGUCAGCCUAGUCUACAGAGCGAGUUCCGUGACAGCCAGGACCACAUAAAGAGACCCUGUCUCAAAAAACACAUUUUAAAAAAAGGCAUGUAUUUAUUCCUCUUGCAGAGCAAGCAAGUUCUGUUCCCAGCACCCACCUCCAGCAGCUCACAACUGCCUGUAACCCCAGCUCCAGGAAAGGUCUGAUGCCCUCUUCUGGCCUCCUUAGGCACUUGCCCUCACAUAUACAUAAUACACACACACACACACACACACACACACACACACACACACACAACUAAAACUAAAUCUUUUAAAAGCAAUCUAUAUUUUUGCAUAGAGAUUGAAUUUUGAGAUCAUGGCACAAACUACCAGAAUCAUCUACAUAAAAGGCAGAAGCAGCCUCACUUUCCACCUAUAAAGAAGGAGACCUGAGACACACUCUUGGCCCCAAGCCCAUGUUACCUUUCUGGCCAGGCUCUGUCACAUUCCUGGCGAUGUGGGACAGAGAAAACAGAUGCAUUUAACUUUUCAAAGAUAAUUUGGAAUGAGAUCAAAGAUUUGCUUGGCUGGAACCAGGAUUUUUUUUUACCCUCUAACAGUGAGAAAGAGCUAGAGUGAUGGCUCAGGGGUUAAGAGCACCACUGGCUGCUCUUCCAGAGAACCUAGGUUUGAUCCUCAGCACUGCUGCAUGCUGGCGGUGCACAGACAUACGUGCAGGCAAAACCCCCUAAACACCGGAUGAUGAUGAUGAUGAUGAUGAUGAUGAUGAUGAUUUUUUUAAGUGAGAAAGAGGACCAGGUGUAGGGAAAUAGCAGUUCUUUACAAGGUCAAUUUGGAAGGCUAAUUGACACAAGUCUGGGCACCUACCCCAGGCCACGUGAACUGUGUGUGAAAUAUGGAAUCUGUUUGCAGAUGAUUUGACUGUGCUUUUAAAAGACCCACAGGGGUUUUUCAUUUGUUUGUUUGUUUGUUUGUGACAGGGUUUCUCCGUGUAGUUUUGGUGCCUAUCCUGGAUCUCGCUCUGUAGACCAGACUGGCCUCGAACUCACAGAGAUCUGCCUGGCUCUGCCUCCUGAGUGCUGGGAUUAAAAGCAAGGACCACUGUCACCUGGCCCCAUAGGUCUUAAAGCCGAUUAAAUGUUUUACAAUAAUUACUAGUAAGAGUUCUUGCUCCCUCCGGGCUAGGUAACUCUGAUUAGGUACCACGUCGCUGCUUGUCCAGGAUGCCUUUAGAGACAAUGUAGAAAGUUUUAAACUCUGCCUGCCACACACAACACAACUGAGAGUCUCUGUCACCUUCUCCAGAGACUCAUCUCUCUGGCAAGAGAAGUCUGGAGGCAUUUGGUGACAUGGCAUUAGGAAAUCUCUAUAAGAAACAGUUGGUGAAGGCACCCUGCCAUUUCCAAGACUGUAACUCUCUACUCUCAUCAGGGAGUUUUGGUUUAUAUUUUUUAUUUUAUUUUUUAUUUUUUUUUGGUUUUUCGUGACAGGGUUUCUCUGUGUAGCUUUGCGCCUUUCCUGGAACUCGCUUUGGAGACCAGGCUGGCCUCGAACUCACAGAGAUCCGCCUGCCUCUGCCUCCUGAGUGCUGGGAUUAAAGGCGUGCGCCACCACCGCCCGGCUGGUUUAUAUUUUUUAAAAAUUGGAGGCCGGAGAGAUGGCUCAGCAGGUAGGAGCACUUGCUACUUUUAUAAAGGACUGCUGUUCAGGUCACAGCCACCUGUCACUCCUGCUCCUGGGAAUCUGGCGUCCUCUUCUGGCCUCCAUGGGCACUGCACAUACAUGGUGGGUGCAUGCGUGCACACACACAAAUAUUAGUAAAUUUCUCAAAAUUGUUCUGUAGAGUGUAUUGAAAACGUAAGCCAUAUGGCACUGAAUAAUCCAUUAAGCCAGUGGUUCUGAGCCUUCCUAACACUGCAACACUUUAAUAUAAUUCCUUGAGUUGUGGUGACCCCCAACCUUAAAAUUAUUUUCAUUGCUACUUUGUCACUGUAAUUUUGCUACUGUUAUGAAUUGUAAUGGAAAUAUCUGAUGUGGAGGAUAUCUGAUUGUGACCCCUGUGGGGUCGCAACCCACAGGUUGAGAAUCAUUGCUUUAAAAGCGAAGUGGACAAAUGUCCUACUGUCACUCUAUUUAAUUAGCUGAGUCAUCAGAUGCCCACCUGUUUGUGAGGGCUCUCAGAUCACUGCAACUUGUGAUAAAAUGUUGCAAAAAGAAAGGGCUGAGUUAACGUAAACAUUCUUCUAAUAGAUCUGUGAACCCAAGAAACUCACUGAGUUUGAAAAUGUUAAACAUGAGGUGAAUUCUUUGGUAUUCUGAUGCUGUCUAGGGGAACUACUACAGGACAUAGGCAAAGUCACCAACUGGCUGUUUUCUAACUAAUAUGUCUACUCUUGUUUCUACGUGUAACUGACAAGCUUUGCUGAUUCUUACUUUGCUGUUGAAGUCAUUUAUUUUCUAUAGACAUUUGGUAUGCUCUUAUACUUGAUACAAUUGAUAGGAAAAAAUUCAAAAUGCAUCAGCUAAGCUGAGUUUCGUGUAGGUCUGCUAUUUAAGAAUGAAGCAGGAAGAUCACCAGUUCAAGAUUAGCUUGGGCUGCGGUGUGAGUUCAAGGCUAACCUGGGCAACUUAGACUCAAAAUAAAAAGUGAAGAAGACCGGGGUUGUGGCCUAACGGCAGAGCCCUUGCUUAGCAUGUUGGAGCCUUCAGAUUCAAUCCUGUGGCCCUCAAAAAUGUAUUAACUGAUAUUAAAAGACAAAAGCUUGGAAUGUCAAGGGACUAUCAGCCUAUCAAGGGAAUGGGUUCUGAACCAGCAGUAAGCUACUAAUGAUUACAAUAAUCAUAUUGAAGGAAGUAAAUACCUAGAUAACUUUUUUUUCUAAGACAGGAUCUCAUUAUGUAGUCCUAGUGGUCCUGGAACUCAUAUGAAGACCAGGCUGCCCUUGAACUCAGAGAGAUCCUCCUGCUUCUGCCUCCUGAGUGCAGGGAUUAAAGGCAUGUGCCGCUAUACCUUGCUUUAAAUGUGUAGCCCAGAUUGGCCUCGAAGUAGUGAUCCUCCUGCCUUAGCCUCUUCAGAAUAUGCUACCAGUGUGGGCCACCACAACCAGUUGGAUGAUUUUAUGUAAUAUAAAAGGUUAUGUUUUUAAAUGCCAUGAGGGAAAAUAUUCAGGGUGGAGUUAAAGCCUGAGCUUUGUGAUUUCCCUAUAGUUUGCAGGAUGCUGUGUAAAGGAUGUGUGAUGCUGAGUAACUGGAAAGCAGUUUUGACUGAAGAGAUGUCUAAUUUGCAUGAG